CUUGACUUGACAUGGCUGAUUCACCAUGGUAGUCGUCCCCAACAAGCGGCUCGCGAAGCAGGGAUCCAGACGGGAUUAUCAACCGCAGACACCGCCGGGGAGCAGAGCGACGUUUCAGGCUCCGGUUCACCUCAAGCACUCGGACCGCGUCGACGUUUACAUCCGGACCGACGUGAGGACACAGGGACCUUUACAUGGCAGCUGAGUGCUCGGCCCUCCUACCCUCUCCCGGUACCGUGCGGCCGCAGCAUCCAUCAUCUCCGCCUCCAAGCUAACGGGAUGACGGAGGGGAACCGAGCCUCCUCACGUACCAACACGGUGGGUGAGGCGACGUUCAGGGGCUGUGGGAAUUCUUAAAAACCGCCGUGGCAGCGACUUUGAAGAGAGAUUUGAAGUCUUCUCUAGUUUCCUGUCAAAGCUCAGGUUGGAGCAGGAGGUGGGAGUUCAGGGUCUUGCUCAGGGGCACUUUGGCAGCUUGGGUGAAUGGGAGGAUGAUGGACCCUACUCUUCAUCUUCACCUCAAAUGAGUGGAAUGAGAGGACGAGGAACUACUGAGAAAUGUGUCUCACUAAAGUAAAAGUACAGAUCAUGUUUGUUCUAUAUUGUUGUAUAUUUUGAUGAUCUGAGCCUGGAGAGCAGCUACAAUCACAGAUACAUUAUCGGGUCAUGAGGUUGUCCUCAUAACCCACAGAAGACACUUUGAUCAUUCUGACACCACGAUGGUGGGAGCCACCGUCGCCUUGUGCCCCAGGACUACUGCGGUCUAACAGAAAUUCUGGUUCUGGAGCGUGGUGCUCUGCCAGCACCAUGGACUACCACGCCGAGUGCUGCUUCUGUGACCCCGAAGAGGGUCACGGUGGCCCGGAUGAGCCGCCGCUCCACAGCAUCCACGCACCCAACCGAAUCCGCCCAUCCUCGUACCGAGCCCUGAGGAGCGCCGUGUCUAGCCUGGCUCGCAUCGACGACUUCUUCUGCGAGAAGAUCGGUUCGGGCUUCUUCUCUGAGGUCUUCAAGGUGCAGCAUCGGAUCACAGGGCAGGUGAUGGCGCUGAAAAUGAACACGCUGGCUAGCAACAAAGCUAACAUGCUACGAGAAGUGCAGCUCCUGAACAGGCUUUGCCACCCCAACAUACUCAGGUUUCUUGGCGUUUGUGUGCAUGAAGGUCAACUCCAUGCUCUGACUGAGUAUAUAAACGGAGGCAACCUGGAGCAGCUGUUGGACAGUGACCUGUACCUGUCGUGGGGCGUCAGGAUCGGACUGUCUCUGGAUAUCGCCCGAGGGCUGCAGUACCUGCACAGCAAGGGCAUAUUUCACAGAGACCUCACCUCCAAGAACUGCCUGGUGCGCUGUGAUAACAGCACGUUCACUGCUGUGGUGGGAGACUUCGGCCUGGCAGAGAAGAUCCCUGAUUACAGUGACGGUGUGGGGAAGCAGCCUCUGGCCAUCGUGGGCUCUCCUUACUGGAUGGCCCCUGAAGUUCUGAGAGGGGAGCUGUACAAUGAGAAGGUGGACGUGUUUGCGUACGGCAUCAUCCUGUGUGAGAUCAUCGCCCGCAUUGAAGCUGAUCCUGACUUCUUACCCAGGACGGAGGACUUUGGUCUGGACGUGGAUGCAUUUGAGAACAUGGUUGGGGAUUGUCCACCUGCGUUCUUUAGCCUCGCUGUCGCCUGCUGUAACAUGAGUGCAGAGGCUCGUCCAUCGUUCUCUGACAUUGUCUUCACAUUGGAGGACAUGGAUAGAGAAGAAGAAGAAGAAGAGAAGCCCAUUGCACUUGAGCCAGUGGCGGCAGAUGUCAGUCCAUACCGGCGCCGCAGCUCUCCUUGUCACCAAACUGACCACAGCCAGCAACGGCAAGGCUUGGCGAGGAGCCUGUCGGACGUGUUACCCCCGGCAACCCUGACCCCUCCGCUCCUCGGAACUCCUGCGCGGGUCAACCCCUUCUCGCUCAGACAGGACCUGAAUGGGGGGAGGUGUAAACUCUUAGACACGCCCAGUAAGUCCGUCAUCUCCCUGACCUUCACCCUCCCAGCGCUGCGUGACCCAUGUGCCUCUCCCAACCUUCUCAGAGGGAUGCUGGGGACGCGAGCACUGCCGAGGAGAUGUCAGUCGCUCCCCUGUACCCCUGAGCUUAGCCGAACUGUAGCCUUGUCAAGAGACACGGAGGGGAGGGAGGAGGAAAACAAUGAGGACGACAGAGUGGCAGCAAUUAAAGGAGGGACUGGGGGUGAUACGGAGGAUGACAUGAGGAAGAAGACAGGAGAGUUAGAAAAGGUGGGUGAAAGGUUGCGGGUAGAGCAUGUGGAGAUAACUGGGAAGAGAAAGUUGUUGAAGGAGGAGGAUGGGAUGGGAGAGGAUUCAGGUCUUCCCGUCGAGCUGGAGAUGGUGUCUCUGGAACGGCUAGAGGAGGAGGAGGAGGAGGAGGAGGAGGAAGAAGAGGAGAGUGUUUGUCUAACAGAACCCAUGGACUGUACCAAGUCUCCAGAGCCAGCAGAGGGAGUCUUGGACUCCACAACCCUGCUCACCUCCUCUUCCUCCUCAUCCUUAAAGACCAACGGCUGGCGACUUCCCAUCUCCAACGGACCACCCUCUUUGCCUCCUCUUCCACGACUGGACAACAACAACGGCUCAGCCCUUGUGAUUGGCCAGCAGGUCCAGUGGGGUGGAGGAGGCCGGGCUAAUGGUUACAGCGAAGCCCAGGUCCUGUCCUCUGAUCCUAGCAACUCCUCUGAGCAGGAUGAGGUCAUUUCCUGUCCGGGCUGCUGUCUGGUGGGUCUGAGUUUCCCCUCGGUGUGCCUCCGUGGUUCAGCUGCUGUGCCUGCCCCCCGCCGAAGGGCUUCGUUACCACGGCAGCGGCCCUACCGGAAUCUCAACGGUACCAUAACCGGCGGCAGCACUUCCUCAUCAACAACAGCUACCGCGGCAACCAAAGCUCUACUGUGUCGCAGCACAAAUGGACUAGUUGUUGCCGGGCCCUCAGUGCCAUGUGAACCCGGUCGGUCCCUGCCGGAGGCCCAGACAUAAGCCGGCUCAGAGGGGAUUUAGUUUUGAACUUGUGACAUGCACUGGCACUAAAUGUUGGUGGACAAACAGAGCAACACUAGAUGUUGCUCUGCUAAUGCUGAGAACCCAGUACUGACCCCAACCCCUGAGAUGUGGUGUUAAUUCUUUGCAGUCACAGCAAACCGUAGUAGCUGGUGAUUAGAGCUCCACCUGGUGGACUGGAGGAUUAAACGCAACAAAUCGCUGCAACAGUGAAGAGCGGUUGUUGUGUAAAGGUAGAGGUGGGUAAGAGGCAGAAUACAGCUGAACCAGACGGGCUUCAAACAAAGUGGGCUAUAAACUGGUCUACAUCUCAUUACUGCCACUGUAAUGGUGCUGAUCCAAACAAAGCAGCUACUCCGACUUACACGCCCCAUCUCUGUUCAACCAAAUCAAACUGUGAGAAUGGAAUAUAGCGCAGACCGGCUAACUUCUGGUUUAGCUUUAUGGUGAUAAAAGGACAAAGUAACAGUGCUGUUUCAUUUUCAUUUGGUAGGGGGAGCAGUGCACAGUAUCGUGUGGUCUUUAAAUGAACUGCUGCCAUUUCUUGUAAAUGCUUAAGAGGAAUGCAAGUGAAAGUGCAGUGGAACUUGCAAAUGGAAGAUAAAUGAUUGAUCAGUAACCAGUGCAGUUAUUUUGUGGGUGUGGUCAAAAAUCUCUGUUCAACCAAAUCAAACUGUGUGUGCUGGCUUCCAUUCUGGAAGCUGUCGUGAAAAAAAAAAAAGCAUGUGGCUGAUUUAACAAGCUAAGUAUACUUGCAGUUUGAUGGUCAUGGUUAUCGGUAAUAAUAACACUGUACUCAUCAGGGUAAUUACUGAGAUCUGUGACAUGAUUAAAAAGAAGUGAGCGACGUCCAGGUUAGUGAGUCGAUUUGGAAGAAAAAUAAUGACCCAAACUGGCCAUUGUAAACAUUCACCACAGUUAACAGACUGACCCUCUUCUUUUAUUUUGCAUGGCAGGCCUGGCACUGCACUGUUGAGCCCAGGCUCUAUGUGGAGUGAACAGAAAAUGACAUGUGAAUGGGGUUUACUUCUGCCAGCAGUGUGGCUGCAGGUACAUAUAUGAAAACACUGUUUUUGAUUCUAUUUAUUUGAUUAACAGUAGCUACAUGGGAAAUAUUUAUAAAAUGAAUAAAGAUGAUUUACUUCUUACAUUUUUAUAGCAGUUGAGCUGUAUAAAAGUGUGUGAGUGAGUGAGUGAGUGAGUGAGUGAGUGAGAGAUAUCUGUUGCUAAAGGGAGAAACUCUUCCUGUUCUUGUCAUGUAAAUUCUUCAUUUUUGCACUUCAGUUUGGAGCACUUUGCAGUAAGACACCAGGCUUUGACUAGACGGUGCUUUAUUUAAAUCUGUGCUACUGGUGUUUUAUAUGUGUGUGUGCUUCUGGCCCCACAAACUACACAGCUUUCACCCUUCAUCUGACAUCUACUCCCCCUCACAUGUAUCUUGUGUGUGUACAUGUACAUUUUGAUGACACUGUUGUAACUUAAAAAGUGGCAUGUGAAGAAGCAGGUAUGGAUAUUUAUUGUACAGAUCAUUCCACACACUGUGUGUGUACAGGAUGUGUUUUUGAGCAAAAAGUAGAGCGAUGAAUACUCACAGGAGAACUUUUAUCCUGUCAUUUCUGAAGAUUACCCAUGGUUCCCUGCUUCAUAUCUUUAAUUGUAUCUGAUUCUAUACAGCUGGAAACCUGCGUGCAAUAAUCUGGUAAUAAACAAACAUGGUUGUGAAUAA